AUGUCUCAGAUUACCCGCAAGGUUGGCAACUGCAAAGUCAGCGCGGUCGGCUUUGGCGCGAUGAGCGUCGCCGGGCUCUACGCCCAGGUUCUAUCCGACGCCGAGAAGAUGAAGCUCCUAGAUGCCGUGUACGAUAACGGCUGCACCUUCUGGGACACCGCCGAUGCGUACGGCGACAGCGAGGUGAUCCUCGGCAAAUGGUUUAAGCGGACGGGCAAGAGGAACGACAUCUUCCUCGCCACGAAGUUCGGCAUGGCUUCUGGCAUCCCAGGCCGCCUGAUCUGCGGCGACCCCGAGUACAUCCCGAAGGCGAUUGACAAGUCCCUUGAGCGGCUCGGGGUGGACCAUGUUGAUCUGUGGUACCUUCAGCGGGCUGACACCACCGUGCCCAUUGAGCUCACCGUCGGCGCUAUGGCUGAACAAGUCAAGGAAGGAAAGGUCAAGUAUCUCGGCCUGUCGGAGGUCUCGGCGGCAACCCUGCGCCGCGCCCAUGCCGUGCACCCUAUCGCGGCCAUCCAGGUCGAAUACUCGCCCUUCGCGCUCGACAUCGAGGACGAGAAGAUCGGGCUGCUCAAGGCCGCGCGCGAGCUCGGGGUCGCUGUCGCCCCUCGGCCGCGGCUUGCUGACGGGCAGAUUCGUGAGUUCUCCGCCUUUUCCUCGCAUACAAUCCGGUCCCCGGAGGACCUGGGCAAGAACGACCCGCGCCACAUGUUCCCCCGCUUUUCCGCAGAGAACUUCCCGAACAUCCUGAAGAUCGUCGACGGCGUGCAGGCCGUCGCGACGAAGUACGGCGUCACUCCGGGCCAGGUCGCGCUCGCCUGGCUCCGCGCGCAGGGCGACGACAUCAUCCCGAUCCCGGGGACUACCCGCAUUGCCGGCGUGGAGGAAAAUAUGGGAAGCAUCAAGGUGGAGCUUACGCCGGAGGACGUGGCGGAUAUUCGCAAGCUGGCGGACGCGGCGGACAAGAUCCUCGGGCCCCGGUACCCCGCCCCGUUUGAGGCCCUCGCCUUUGCGGACACGCCCGCGCUCGCCUAG